CCCAGCAGCCCAGGAAGCCGCCACAGCGUCCGCCCCAGCUUUAGGUGUCACUAUCCCUGUGAGAACACCAUGUCUGAGGUCCCCCGGGCUGAGACCUUUAUCUUCCUGGACCUGGAAGCCACUGGGCUCCCCAAUGUGAACCCUGAGAUUGCUGAGAUCUCCCUUUUUGCCGUCCACCGCUCCUCUCUGGAGAACCCAGAGCGUGAUGAGGCUGGCAUUCCUGUACUGCCCCGGGUCCUGGACAAGCUCACGCUGUGCAUGUGCCCAGAGCGCCCCUUCACCUCGAAGGCCAGCGAGAUCACUGGCCUGAGCAGCGAGAGCCUGGCACAGUGCCGGAAGGCCAGCUUCAACGAGGCCGUGGUACGGACGCUGCAGGCCUUCCUGAGCCGCCAGGAGGGCCCCAUCUGCCUUGUGGCCCACAACGGCUUUGAUUACGACUUCCCCCUGCUGUGCACGGAGCUACAGCGCUUAGGUGCCCACCUGCCUCGGGAUACCACCUGCCUGGAUACACUGCCAGCACUGCGGGGCCUGGACCGUGCCCAUAGCCAUGGCACCCGGGCCCAGGGCUGCAAGGGUUACAGCCUGGGCAGCCUCUUUCACCGCUACUUCCAGGCAGAGCCUAGUGCAGCCCACUCGGCUGAGGGAGAUGUGCACACCCUGCUUAUGGUCUUUCUGCACCGUGCUGCCGAGCUGCUUGCCUGGGCUGAUGAGCAGGCCCGCAGCUGGGCUCACAUCAAGCCCAUGUACACACCACCUGAUGACCUGAGCCUCGAGGACUGAGUGCCAGGGGCUCAGUGACAUCACUAUCCAGGGGGACAAGGCCCACUUCCUGCACCACAAGCAGCACCAGCCUUGACUGUUCAGCCGGACUUUGAGGCAUAGAGCAGGCACUGGACCAAUGCCGCGCUGCCUCGCCACCAUCCUCUUAGCCAGGCAUCCUCUUAGCUGGGUAUUUGCCAGGCCUUCCCUGGGCCCUGGCCUACCUGGUCCUACAGCCUCACCUGGCCCACUGGAGUUUGCUAAUUUGGGCUCCCACCCUUCAC